GCAGAUUAAAUUUUUCAUAGACGGAUUUAGCUAAAUUAAUGUUCAAUGGGCAAUUUUCUAGGGGACGAACGCCCCUUGCGGGGGUCCGACUAACUUUACAUCUGACACUGUGCUGUGGAUCCUAAAAUAGAUCCCCCCCAAUUUUCAAGCCGCUUGCUUUUCUAUGUUGUUUGAUCCGCCAGUUUUAUGAUAUACUUACUCUACUCUCUUGUGAUAUUUACCUAAACUGAAUUGAAUUAAUUUACUCUAGCCGGCUUCGACUCGAGAUGUUGGCGCUGUUUAUUGUUUACAUCUAAUGUUACGUUAGACCCUAUGAAUAUUAUCUGAUUCAUCUCUCGUUUUGUUGGCUGCCGUUUCGAAAUUUAUUGUUCAAAAUGAAGAAGAUUGGGGAAUUCUUCGACAAAAAGAAAACGGAUAUGAAAUUCAAGAGAGCUGGUCAUGGAGUAAAAUUGAACGAAAGUACGCCACAGCCCAGUACAUCUGGUCAAUCUAAACCAGUAGCCCCAAGAAUGCAGCCUACUACUAGUUCUCAGAUGGCAGGCCAGGCAGCACUGAGUAGACUUACUCCAGGUCCUGGUGCAGCAAGACCAGGAUCAGCAGCUUCAGCAUCAGUCAAAGCACAGGCUAUUGCACAACUUGAGAAUGAAUCUGAGAGAAUGAAAUUAUCUUCACAAUAUCAGAGUGGUGCAGCAGCAGCAAAUCUAGACUACAAUGACAGCCAAGCUGCUCUUCUGGUGUCAGGUGUUAAUUUCAGGUGUAGGUGUUCAAUGAGAUUAAAGAAGCCAGAAUUUGAAGCCCAUCUUACUGAAUGUCUUCUAAUGCAACUUGCUGAUGACCCCCCUUCAGCUUCAGCAACCAUGAUAUACACACUGAACAAGGAUAAAGACAAGAUAAGAAUAGGAGUUGAUACAAUAUGCAAAUAUCUAGAUAAUGUGUGCCAGAAUCCAGGAGAAGAGAAGUAUCGUAAGAUAAAAGCAAACAACAGGGCCUUUCAGGAGAGAGUCUCUGGAUUGGUGGGAGCAGAGGAAUUCAUCCAAGCUGUUGGAUUUGAGAGGAAGAUACUCACUCAUGAAGAAUCUGAGACUCAUUUCUUUGUCUUGAAUGAGGAGAGUGCUUCAAACAUUGACAGGCUGAAUUCGUUCAAGGAGCUGUUGAAGUCUGGUGCUCCAUACAAACCGAUCCUUGACAGAGACAUGAAGGUCUACCAACCAUCCCAGUGGGCAAGCCAAUUUCAACUUCCAAAUGAGUUCUACACGCUCACACCAGAACAGAUAAAAAAAGAACAACAACUCAGGGCAGAGGUCAUCGAGCAGAGUUCAGUUCUUAGAACAAAAGCCAUGAAGGAAGCCGAAGCACAGAAAGCUCUACGGAGAUAUCGCUACGCGCUCAUUAGGAUUCGUUUUCCAGAUGGUAUAUUAUUACAAGGUACCUUCUAUGCAAGGGACAAACUGCGAACCCUGAAGGAGUUUGUACAGUCUCAGUUGGAUAAUAGCUGGCAGCCUUUCAUUUUGACUGAUCCUAGUAACAUCAAACUCACUGAUGAUGACAUGAUGCUGGCUGAACUACAUCUGGCCCCGGCAGCAGUGAUUAACUUCUCCUGGGAUGCUGAGGUAAUGGCAGACAUUGCUGCAGCCAGUCAAGGAAGCCUUCAGGUUACCUACCUCAAGCCAGAUGCCAUGGGACAACUCCAAUCACUAUAGAACAAUGCAGGAGGCUGUUUCGUCAAGUUCUUACUAAAGUUAUGCAUGAUGUUACAAAUGGCUGGAAUAUUUUCUGUGGAUAAUCUUAUCAAUCAUUGAAUUCAUUUGUGAGGAAAUAUGAUCUUUGUAGAAGAAACUCUUUGUUUACAAGAAAUUUGAUGAAUAGUAUUAGUUUAUUAUAUUGUUGAAAUUUUAUUACUAUUAUAGAAAUUAAAUUCCUCUUUAAAACAUCAGGGAAAAUUUGAGGUAUUUUAUUGUAAAGUCAUGCAUAACGUUAUGAAGUACCUGAUGAUGCAGCCUCCAGGACACUUGUGUAACUAUCGCUGAAUAUGGAAUGAUGGGAAGGGGAAAAGAAAGGAAGAUAUGGUCCCUUGCCCAACUGGCAGGUUUAAUGUUUCUAUGCUACAAGAUCAAAUACAGCUGCUAAUCAGAGAGAUGUUUAUAGAUGAGGGAACAGACGUUUCCCACAACAGAAGUUUCCCACAACAACAGAACAAUGCUAUGUGUGGUCAAUGAAUGGAUAUCAUACAUACAGUGAAGAAGACAGAUCUAGCCAUAUCUUGAAUGAUCUUUGAAGGCAUUUCUUGAUUGAAACUAGGUGCUAGCAGGUCUUUUACAGAAAGCUGUCCUGUGAAAUCAAGAUCUAGAAGAAGCCCCCCUGGGAGAAAGCCCUCCAAGAGACUAAUUGAUUAAAGGAAAAAAUAAUUUUAUUGGGAUAAAUAAAAUCCUGAUAAUGGUAGUCAACUAGUCAACUCACAUUUCUUGUUGUCAUUAUUUGGUAAAAUAUCACACUAUGAGUGUAUUAUUUUUGGUCUGUUCAAAACAUGUUCAUUAAUUGUUAUUAACAAAUCAAGACAACUUACGUUAUGUAUGUAAGCUCCAGUAGAAAGCUCAUGUCCUUUGUUUAUUUUGUAUGCUUCUUAAUUAGGUUUGUAUGUAUGUAUUUUAAAAGAUGAACACAAUAAUGUGCAAUAUGUUACUUAGAUGAUAGUGGAAUGUGUAUUUAAUUUUGGUUUUGUAAAGUCGAGAUAGAAAGCAUAUAUUAUAUACAUCUUUGUUACAGUAUUUAUAUUUUUUUACAAGAAAAACAGUGUAAGUAGUGGAAAACUAUAGUUAUCUUUAAUUAUAUUCUAAUCACUUGAUAAAGAGUUGCAGCGGCACUCGAAAGCUCGUGAACUUGUAAGCUAGUGAACACUUUUUGCGAGAGUGAUCACGAAUUUCCUAGAAAGCUAGUGAACACUUUUUGCGAGAGUGAUCACAAAUUUCCUUGUUGACCAUAGUAGAUUGCGAGACAAAUGAAUACCCUCUAGCGAUUAUAUUCUAAUCAUUUAUUGUUUCAAACAAAUUUGCUCCUCUUUAUCAGUUUCAUAAUUAUUUCUAAUUAUCCAGUAACAAUAUAGAAUAUAAAGACAUUUUCAUAAUCCAUAAUCUAUAAUCCAGUUCUGUUCACAUUUUGAAACAAUUUCUUCUAUUUUAGUAUUGAUUAUAAGGUAUUUAUCAUACAGCAUUCGCGACGAGAAUUGAUUUUAAAACAUUUAAAAUGUAGUGCUAGGCAUAUUCAGGCUUAUAUUUAAUAGCAAAAUGAGUAUUAUGUGUCUAUAAACAAAAUUAAUAAAAAUAUGAAAUCGAUAAUUAAAAAGAUUAUUUCAAUGUUAUCUGGGCCUUAUUUUAUGAGACUAAUGGUCAUGGGCUUGAAUGCCAACUUUCAUCAAAUCCUUUCAAAUUUCCAUGAUCAGCUUUAGUAGCAGGUACUAGUAACCAUUGAUUCAUUGAUUAUUUCAUGACUUGGAAUUUCUAAAAAGCAACCGAGAACUUCUUGGCGAGACUAAUAUUUAUUCUAACUCCAGCUCAUAUGGUGUUUUUCUACAGAGAAUCGUUGAACAGUAUUACCCGCGUAAGUAUCCAGAAUUCCGGAAAACUUCCCUGUAGAAACAGACGUGAUGCGGUUUAUUGAUAAACCGCAUCGUGGACCUAUGGGAGGUGGUAAUUGUCGUGUUAAUCCGUUUAAUUUUUCUGUAGAAACACACACUGAAAAAGCGUAUCGUGUCUGGCGGAAGUAUGUGAACCCGGAAGUACAAUUUCGCGGUAUAUUUGCACGUUCUAGCCUUUUCAAUCUCGCCAGGUGACAUACCACAAUGCGUUGCAAGGUCAUAGGUUGAAUCUCCUGAUUUUCGAUAAAUGCGGAAUGUGAGUUAAUUGGAUUAUUUGCUCUGUAGGAACAGGUUGGUUUAAGGGUGAUACAGUUUUUCAAUUCCAGAAAAGAUUAAACUGUUUUUAACGAUUCUCUGUAGAAACACGCGGUAUGUCUGAUUAUAAUUGUGCUAUUAUACGCAAUUACAUUGGCCUAAUAUUGUUAUUGCCCAAGAAUUUAUGUAUUACAGAAUGCCACUAUUGUGCAUUUCAGUUAGUAUCAAGAACAUAUAAAUCCUAGUUAAAAUUGUGUUAUUUUAAAUUAAAAAAAAAAAAAUUGACCUUGGUGACCAUGUAUCAAAUAUGCUCUAUAUGAAAUAUAUUGAAACUAAUUGUAUAUGACGUGUUUAAUUGAAUUGUAUUUGUUCAAAAUAAAGAGUCAACGGUAA